GGGACUCCAGCUCUCUUUUGGCCUUAGCGCCAUCUUGUUAGGUAGGUGUCUGUAGUGGUGUGGAUUCCGCAUGCAAUCCAGGAACAUCUGGCGGCUGCGCUUAACUAUCAUCCCAGCAAACUAACUGUAGCCUUUUUCUCUUUCCCAAUAGAGUCCUCCGAACCAUGAGAGCCAAGUGGAGGAAGAAGCGAAUGCGCAGGCUGAAGCGCAAAAGAAGAAAGAUGAGGCAGAGGUCCAAGUAAACGCUAGCCUGUGCACCCACGGAAGCCAGAGCAGCAGGAAUAUGGAAUGCCGGAGGCCGGGGACGCUGGUAUAAGUUGUUGACUGCGUGUUACUGUCGCUACUGUCUGGAACUUGUCUCAGUGGAUAUAGAAUUUCCAUCGCCAUUCGAUCGCCGCGAACACCUCCGAGAGGCCCACCUUGCUUAUACCAAUCAGUCCCUUUUGAUCUUUUGCCCUGGACCUAUGACAGUCUGGACUCGUUCUGUUUUCAGUUGUGGCCGAGUGUAACGUGCACAAUAAAUCAUCUCUUCUGCUGUCUUAGCCGAAGAAUCAAAUCGUCUUGUCUGUUAUGUGAUUUUUUUUUUUUAAUGUUUCUUUUGGGUGGGGAUUAUAUUUUGUGUGCCCUGUCACUAGUGACCUCCAAACUGUGGAAGAUGUGAAGAAACUACAUAGGCUACUCGGCUACAGAACCCUGUUCGUGAAUUGCGGACGCGGGCCCCGAAGCUGAUAUUUAGGAGCCCUUACGGCAAAGAUAGGGUGUAGCACGCGCCUGUGGAUAUGUUACGGGGUGAUUGGGGGCUAAUGCCAAUUCCAACUUACCGCCUCUUUCGGGGCAAACGUACGUAGAGGAGUUGAAGGUAUUUGGGCGGUUACUGCUGGGCUGUUUUGGUCGGGUUGCCAUGGUGACACGCAGUGCUUGCUGGGAACUUCCUGUGGCUUGUCGCGCAAAUGCUUAGCACGCCAUAGAGUAUAGUUCCGGGUCUGGUGGCUAGAGCGUCAUUUCUUCCGCAGGAAGCGGAAGGACAGUAGGGGGGGCGGCUCUUUGUCGAAGCCAGAGGACCGGCAGGCGGCAGCAGCAACUACGGCGGCGGCGGCAGAAUCCAGCAGUGAUGUGGAGGUGGAAACCCACAGGAGCCCCGGACUUCACCUGAGCUACCUCAGCUGUCACCAAGGGUGGCAAGAAAAGGAAGAAAGCCCUGAGUUAGGGACCAGGAUGCCUGACCGGGACAGCUAUGCCAACGGCACGGGGAGCAGCAGUGGAGGCCCUGGAGGCGGUGGCAGCGAGGAAGCCAGUGGGGUAGGGGCAGGCGGUGUUGGGGCCAACUCAGAUGCCAUCUGCAGAGACUUCCUGAGGAACGUGUGCAAGCGAGGCAAACGUUGCCGCUAUCGCCAUCCAGACAUGAGCGAGGUGUCCAACUUGGGGGUGAGCAAAAAUGAGUUCAUCUUCUGCCACGACUUCCAGAACAAGGAAUGUAGCCGCCCAAACUGCCGAUUCAUCCAUGGUUCCAAAGAGGAUGAGGAUGGUUAUAAGAAGACAGGAGAGCUUCCCCCUCGGCUGAGGCAGAAAGUGGCAGCUGGCCUGGGCCUUUCACCAGCUGACCUACCGAAUGGCAAGGAGGAAGUCCCUAUCUGCCGUGACUUCCUCAAGGGGGACUGCCAGAGAGGAGCCAAGUGCAAGUUCCGUCACCUGCAGCGGGAUUUCGAGUUCGAUGCUCGGGGUGGAGGAGGAACUGGUGGGGGGGGCUCAACAGGCCCAGUCCCCCCAGGACGACGUCAUGAUCUCUAUGAUAUCUAUGACCUCCCUGACAGAGGUUUUGAGGACCAUGAGCCAGGCCCCAAGCGUCGGCGAGGUGGCUGCUGUCCUCCAGAUGGCCCCCAUUUUGAAUCAUAUGACUACAACUUGGCUCCAUCCCGAGGGGUGGAGUGCAGGCUACUAGAGGAGGAGAAUGCCAUGCUCAGGAAGCGGGUAGAGGAGCUAAAGAAGCAGGUCAGCAACUUGCUGGCCACCAAUGAGGUGCUGCUGGAACAAAAUGCCCAGUUUCGUAAUCAGGCCAAGGUCAUGACCCUGAGCUCCACUGCACCAGCCACUGAGCAGACGCUGGCCCCCACCGUGGGCACUGUUGCCACUUUUAACCAUGGCAUUGCUCAGACUCAUACUACUCUUAGCAGCCAGGCUCUACAGCCCCGCCCUGUAUCCCAGCAGGAACUGGUGGCCCCUGCCGGAGCGCCAGCUGCUCCCCCAACAAAUGCUGCACCUCCUGCUGCUCCGCCACCCCCACCUCCACACUUGAACCCAGAGAUCACGCCACUGUCAGCCGCUCUGGCUCAAACAAUUGCCCAGGGAAUGGCACCCCCACCUGUCUCCAUGGCUCCUGUGGCUGUAUCUGUGGCCCCUGUGGCCCCUGUGGCUGUAUCCAUGGCGCAGCCCUUGGCAGGAAUCACAAUGAGCCACACCACCACCCCCAUGGUGACUUACCCCAUUGCUUCCCAGAGCAUGCGCAUCACAGCCAUGCCGCACUGAUGGGGCAACUGGACACUCCCCUGGUAUAGCCUCCUAGGGCUGGGGGUGAGGGGCUCUUACUCGCCUACUCACCUAGCCCUCCUAGGUCCUGUCUGAAGGGCUCACUCAAGAACUGGAUGAGAGACUACAAGGAAUAUGCUUCUGAGAAGGGGUUGGGCUGGUGUGCUUCCUCUCACCUCCCUUUCAUGAGGGUCCUUUUGUCCAUCUUCCUUCAAGCCUCACAGAAGGGGCUUGUGUGGGAGUGCAGACUGAAGCCAGCAGAGAAGGACUUCCUGAGGGGCUGUGUGUCCCCUGUUGGAAGUUGAGGACAUCCUUGGUCUUGUCCUCUCUUCACAGCACAGCAUAGGUUCCAGCUUGGGUUUCGAAGAAAAAAACCCUACUCAGAGGGAAAGCAGGAAAGGUUGGGAAGUGGGUGGGGCCAGGAGAGAAGGCCUGAUAAGAGCCUUCAGACAACAUGGGGCCCAGUCGAGUUGGACAAUACAGAAAUUGCUCCUGGGCCUCUGGGAAGGCGGGGACCAUAGUACUCCAGCCCAAAGGCUAGGGGAGCAUUCAUUAUCUUAGCUUGGGCUGGAACUCCAUAGGACAGGGCUCACCACUUUCCAAAGAAAUAAAAAAUAAUUAUUUUUAACAAA